CAGUCGCAACGGGUAGCUCUCUCGUACUUAUCAGGCUGUUACAGUUGAACCACUGAGACAACGUUGCAGAUCGUGCUUGACAUUCAACAUCUGUCUUCAUAGUGACUGAACUACCUUAACGGCCGAUUCAUGGCAAUUCCCGUCUUACUAAGACACGUCAAUUGUGGCCUGUUACUGACGGCCUCCACGUUGACAGCCGAUCAACACAGCUUCAUCUGUUGAUGAGGCAACCCGCCGUUCGCUUGUCGGAGCUUCAGCUAUCGAAACAUUCUGAUCCGAGGUGCUGCCUUUAGCAAACAACGCCAACAAUUACUUACAGUCCAUCCAGACAUAGAGAUUACAGUAAAAAUGACCUUCUACUCCUCUCAUCUCAACCAACCCCUCCGUUCGCACCACUCUCCCGACUUCGACAGCUCCCCCGCUUCGUCCCCCGGCGCCAUCACCCCACCGGGCGGUCCCGUCUCCCCAAGCUCUUCCACCUUCCUCUCCUCAUCCGUCUCGAGCCUCUGGGGCGGCCUCGUGCGUCGCUUCUCGGGUGAACCCUCGGCGUCCGCCCGAAUUCCUUCCGGUCUCCCGCACGCGCGCACGUUCGAACCCGACGGCGACGGUAAGGACAAGCCCAGCGGAUACGGGAACGGCCUCGACAACGUUUACAUCCCGACCCAUCUCCUGCAUGCCCGCCGCACCGCGUCACCGAUGCCGCCACCACCGUUGGAGCCGCUACAAUUGGUGGGGUUCUCCGAGGAGACAAGGCAUGAUGCGCGGCUGUUGACGAAGCCGAUCGCAGAGGAGAUACGUAUCAUGGUCCCGGCGCGGCUGGGAAUUGUGGACGAGUGGCGGUUGGUGUAUAGUCUGGAGCAAGACGGGGCCAGCCUGGCAACGCUGUUUGAAAAGUGCGCAAAAUAUCAGGGAAAGCGGGUUGGGUUUGUGUUGUGCGUGAAGGACUGUGAGGGUGGUCUCUUCGGCGCCUAUCUUUCCGACCCGCCGCAUCCCGCACCAAAAUACUUCGGCACCGGCGAAUGCUUCCUCUGGCGCGCCUCCGUCCUCUCCCCGCUCCCUCCUCCGCCAUCGGCUAUCGACAACCACCCCACCACCAACACGCGAACAGCCACGAUCACUGCUGAGCAACCUUCUCGCUCGACAACCCCUCAUUCAAUCCGCUUCAAAGCCUUCCCAUACUCGGGCAUAAACGAGUACUACAUGCUCUGUGAGCCACACUUCCUCUCGCUCGGCGCCGGCGAUGGAAAGUAUGGACUGUGGCUGGACGACUCGCUCGAGCGGGGCGUCAGUUCCACAAGCCAGACGUUCGGGAACGAGCCGCUGAGUGAUGAAGGAGAAAAGUUCGGGGUGUUGGGUGUUGAAGUUUGGGUGAUCGGUGCGUAG